CCCCAGCCCACUCGCAUGCGCGUGCGUUGUUUACAUGAAUGUCACCCUUUCCUCGUACAAAGCUCACUUUAUAUGCUCAAAAGUAUUUCAUGAUGGAGGAUUCUAUUGAGAUGUUCCUACAGGAUGAAAAUUGCAAACUCUCCAAUCCUGCCCAAGAAAAGCCAGUUGUCACAGCUGCCUCUGGAGCUUUGCUCAUGGGGUUUUAUGGCCUCUGGACUUUAUUUGCACUUCCUGGCUUUCGGAAAGUACCAGUUUGUCUCAAGGUACCCUAUUUACCCUCCAGUCGAACACAGACCCAGAAUGUCAUGAAACUGCUGCAUGGGAGAGCGGGAAGCCUGGCAGAUCUGGGCUCUGGUGAUGGAAGACUGGUAAGCCUUAAACAUAUUUUGGAUGGCUUUCUACAGACGACUACAUUCUCACCAGAGUACAUGGUGUUUGCCGCUGCUGUAGCGGGAUUCGAGUGCACUGGUUUUGAAAUCAAUUCUAUUCUAAAUGGAUAUGCCAGAGUCAAGGGAAUGUGGAAGGGAAUACCCCCCAGCACCGCCAGUUUUAUAAACCAGGACUAUUGGAAGACCAAUUUGUCCAAAUAUAACAAUGUGACUGUUUUCUUGGCACCCGGAGUGAGGCCUAUACGUGCUUUGCAGAUGGAGGUGCUGGGUAGAAAACUGGAGAUGGAGUUAUCUGAUGAGGCUCGUGUGAUCGCCUGUCGGUUCCCGUUUCCUGACUGGACUCCUACAGCCAUUGAGGGUGAGGGACUGGACCAGACCUGGGCUUAUGAUAUGCGUACCAUACAAAAGCUUUCAUCACAACCUGCCACUAAAUAAUAUUUCACAUUUAACAUCCUGAGAAGCUUUAAUCCAGAGUGACUAAGUGUGUAUUCAAGGAAUUCAUUUGAUCAGUUUGUGUGUUCCCUGGAAAUGAAACUUGUGUUCUUGACUUUGCUCCAGACAGGAUUGAUAGGAUGGCUGUUUGACUAUAUUAUAAAAAUUCUAAGUGAACUGUGAAAUUAAAAGCUUAUAUUGUCAAUAA